AUGUCGUCAAAGGAAAUUAAAACCGACCCAAAGGGAAGAUAUUCAAAGAAAGAACUUUUAGGCUCUGGUGCCUUCAAAACGGUUUACCGUGCCUAUGAUACUGAGGAGGGUAUUGAAGUUGCAUGGAACCAAAUCAAACUCACUGGUGUUGCUCUAUCUCAAAAGAAGAAAAUGUUGCAGGAAAUUUCAAUUCUUGGACAGGUGAAACACCCAUCCAUCAUGGAAAUUUAUGACUCAUGGGAAACUGAUGACGGUGAAUAUUUGAUAUUUAUCACUGAGUUGAUGAGCUCUGGUACACUCAAAGAUUUCAUUCGCAAUUCUAAAAAAGUGAGACUUAGAAACAUCAAAAAGUGGUGUAAACAAAUUCUUGAGGGUUUGAAAUAUUUACACUCGAUAUCAAUAAUUCACAGAGAUCUAAAAUGUGACAAUAUUUUCAUGAAUGGCAGCAGAGGUGAAGUGAAAAUUGGAGAUUUGGGUCUGUCUGUGAGCAUGAAAGAUAAAAAAUUUGCUACUUCUGUGAAUGGAACGCCAGAAUUUAUGGCACCAGAAUUAUAUGAAGAAUGUUAUAAUGAAAAAGUAGAUAUUUAUGCAUUUGGCUUGUGUGUUUUGGAAAUGGUUACUGGUGAAUAUCCAUAUUGCGAAUGUAACAGCAUUGCUCAAGUAUACAGAAGAGUUACAUCAGGCGUUAAACCUGAGGGUAUUGAAAAAGUCAAAGAUCAUGAUGUCAAGGAAUUUAUUAACUUGUGCAUUUGCCAUAAAGAUAUACGGCCGAGUGCUGCAGAAUUGAUGGAACAUCCUUUCAUGACAGAUAAUAGAAAUAAUGACACUGUAUUUUACUUUGGGCAUGAAGAAGAGAGCAAUGAUGUUAGUGACGAAUCUGAUGAAGAAUUAGAGGAUGUCAGAGUGGUUCUUGGAAAUGACUCCACAAAUGACAAGUACUCUGUAAACACCAAAUUAUAUAUUAAGAUAGAAGGAAGUAAGAAGUAUAAGGAAAUCAAAUUUCCAUUCAAUUUACGAAAGGAUACACCCAGAGAUGUCGCCAGAGAAAUGGUCAAUGAACUCUCCCUGACAGAGUCAUUUGUUGAUUCCAUUUCGACAGCAUUGGCAGAAUGUUUGACAAAAGCAAAGCUAAAAUUUUUGACAACAAAAGCAAGUGCAGACAGUACAACAUCACCCUCCAAUUCAGAAACAUCAGGAUCGAUAUCAUCUGUCUCGGAGUUGUCCAAAGACACAAACACCAACAUUUCAGCUUCCACCUCUUCAACUACCCAUGUUGAUAAUUUAAUUCUUAUUGACUCUCCAAGCACUCCUAUGAAGUCGAAUGACACAAAAUCAACCCCAGUGAAGGAAAUGGAAAUUAUUAACCUUGCAAGCCCCGCUCCAAUUUCACCAUUCAAUGGCCCAGUAAUUACCAAUAAUUUAACUAAGGAAACUACAUCAGUAGUACCAAUACAAUCUGACACCAAGAAACAACAACAAGCAUCAUCACCAAAGAGCACAGAAAUUAACUUCCUUUCUCCAAACGCAUUUUCUCAGUUGGCACAACAAAAUCCAGCCAAUUCGAGCGGCACGAAUAGCAUCAAGCAACCAACUCAAACACCUGUCUCUGCCAAUCCUCAAACAAAUGUAAAACCACAACAACCAAAUUCGACUUCAACCAAACCUCUUACCAACAUUAGUCAAUCAGUGUCUAAACCAAACCCUCAACCAAUAAGCACAAAUUCACCAGCAACUCCUACUCAAGGAGAGGUAGCAAAGCAUGACAAGAGUAAUCUAACGAUAGAGACCAAGAAAGUUGCUGACAUUACAAAGAAAAAGGAUUCACCAACCAAUGAGCAACGGUCGUCUCCAUUAUUGAGAGGCCAGCCAGGUAACACAACACAAAGUAAUCCUUCUCAACAAACUCAAUCAAAUGGAAAGGCCAUUCGUACAAGCCCAACAAGUUCCAAACCAACAACCAAUUCGAAACUUCCAGAAGAAUUUGAGAUGCAAUGGGAAGCCUUGACUCAAAAGCACUUUGAAGAAGUGAUGAGUUUGAACGCAAAGCACAAGAGAGAAAAAUUGGAACUUUUGAAAAAGUAUGGCAUUGCACCCGAGAGUAUGAAAAUGACCAUUGGUAGUCCUGAGAAUGGUAGUGCAGCAAGCAUUCACAAGGAUUCAUUAAUUGUAAAUCCACAUUGCAUGACAAAUAUCGGAGAUAAGUUAAUUUUUGACAUGCAAGACAAGCUGGCAGAGGUGGUAAAGACAAACAAUGAAGGAUCAUCCGUUAUAACAGCAACAACCAUUGUAAACAACUUGAAGCAAACAUCUGCCAAUACUUUCAAAAUCAGUAGUACAAGUAUUCAGACGACAACAAGCCAACCAAGCAUGCCAUCAUCACAAGGAAAACCAACAAGCAUCACAACACCAAACUCAAUACCCUAUCCGUGUAAAGUGCCAUCGACAACGACCAAUAACAUAGCCUCUCAAAAGAUUGGCAAUACCAACAACAAGAUAGAGUCGAAACAAACUGCGACCUUCCAAGACUCAGACCUUAGCUCCCUUAUUAGCAAGAAUUUAGAGAAUUUGAGCAUUACGAACUCGUCAAAUUCAUAUGGGCCAAUACAGCAGCAGCACCACCACUUAGCUCAGAUAUCGAGCUCCAACAAUUCAAGCCCGUCAGCCGCCUCUCAAUCUCCGCAACAACAAUCGAACCAAGGCUCCACAAACUCAACAAAAUCUUCUGAAAACAAUUCAGCAUCCAACAAGACCAUCAUAUCACCUUUGAAACAGUCAUCCGAGACACCAAAGCUGCCCAGCGUCACUCAGGGAGGAGGUCUCAAGAAAUCAACAACAUUUUCUACCAAUGCUGCAGUUCUUGAACAGAGAAUGAAUAGAAGUUUUAGUGACCCAUCUGUGGAUCAAGGAGCAUCUUCCACUACAUCGUCGCCAACCAAUACGAUUUUGUCACCGUCUUCGACGCCCAUAUUAGAUAUAUCAUAG